AAAAUUCUGCGUUUUAACGUAGGACAGGAAAUAUGAAAAGAGCCGGGCAGAACCCAAGCAGCACCCUCGGAUAGGCCGAGGUUCGCCAGCUCCAGCAGGGAGCAAAUCAAAGGGUUUGCUUCACUUGUCCAUCCACCCGUGAUUUUCCAGUGCUUUGGAAGUUGCAGUUCCUUUGCUAACAGGUUUUAAAGGACUGGCAUUGCUGCUUCCCUCUGGAGCAGCUCUGCAAAGGGCUUUUUUUUUUUCCUCCCUUCUCUUUCAUGCUUUAUUUCCUGACUCCACAGUGGUAUGGGUCGGUUGCAAAAGAUUCUCAUUCCCUUUUUGGGAUUGGUUUUGGCCUUCUGGUUUUAUUCUGCGAGGGAGAAUUUCAAACCGGAGAUGCUGAAAGGGAAGCGGGUGAUUGUCACGGGAGCAAGCACUGGAAUUGGAGAGCAGAUGGCGUAUCACCUGGCGCGGAUGGGAUCCCACAUUUUGAUCACAGCACGGACAGAGGCAAAGCUACAGAAAGAGGCCUAGACAUGCUGAUUCUUAAUCACAUCGGCACGUCGUACUUCGGUUAUUUCAAUGGGGAUGUUGGUCACGUGCGAAAGCUCCUGGAGAUCAACUUCCUCAGCUAUGUGGCGAUGACCACGUCUGCCCUGCCCAUGCUGAAGGAGAGCGAGGGCAGCAUCGUAGUGGUUUCAUCCAUGGCAGGUAAAGUCGGGUUUCCCUUUACGGUCCCCUACUCUGCAACUAAGUUUGCCUUGGAUGGAUUUUUCAGCUCCCUGAGGCAGGAAUUCACCAUUCAGAACAUCAACGUUUCCAUCACGCUCUGCAUCCUCGGCUUCAUCGAUACUGAGAGCGCCCUGCGCGCCGCCGGCGAGCUGCUGCGCGUGGCGGCGGCGCCGCGCGAGGAGUGCGCGCUGGAGAUCCUGCGGGCCGCCGCGCUGCGCCGCCGCGAGCUCUACUACCGCUACGGCUCCACGCGCCUGCCGCUGCUGCUGCGCGACUGGGCCGCCGAGCUGCUCGACUACCUGGUCCGGAGCCGCUACCGCCUGGACGGCACGAGGAGGAACUAGC